AUGGUGAGCUCUAUCUAUCUAAAAAUCUCCAAAAACCUUCAAAUUUUGCAGAUUCACCCAAAAAUUAAACAAAAAAAGCAAAAAAUCAAAUUAGCAGAAACGGAAAAAAAUCGCGCAAAACAAAUCGAACUCGAUGUGAAAUUCGGCUAUGAUCGAAAAUUGGACGAGACUGAAACUUGUUCGACUGAAAGUACUACAACUAAUCGGGAUGAUAUAUUUGCGGAAGAAGGAGAUAUGGAUAUGGAAGUUGUUGAAGCGAAAAGUCCGAAAAUGUUGAAAGAAGCGGAUCCGAAAAGAGUUGAAACUGAAGAAUUAGAACAACAGAUCAAGAAUCAAAAUUAUGCUGAUCAUGAUGAUCGAUCCAAUUUAUUUAUGUUUCUUUCAACAUCAACAGAUUAUCUAAAUAUGGUUCAUUUCUCGAUUUAUUAUCAACAAAAUGGCGGUUUCUAUAGUCUUCUCCCCUAUUUAUUGUCUAUAAUAUUAUUCUCAUUUCCUGUGAGCAUUUUCGAAGUUUCAUUGGCUCAAUUCUCAAGUCUUUCGCUAUUUUCACUUUUCCAUCAUUUGGCUCCGAUUUUGAGUGGAAUUCCGACGUUGAUUUUUAUCGCAAGGCUAUUGUAUUUUUCGCAUGUUGCAUUGCGACCGAAAAUAUUCGAUUUUGUUUAUAGAUUGUUUUAUAGUGGAUUGAGUGGAGAUAUGGAUUGGAUGUUUUGCACGAAAAUUGAUGGAACGUGUGAGUUUCAAGGGGGUUAGAGACGCAGAGAAGCUAGAGAGCUAGAGACGCAGAAAAAACACUAGAGUAAAAGAUUCAGAAGAUUAGAUAGCUAAAUUUUCAGGCAAAAAAUAGGCCAAAAAACAUGAUUUUCAGGUCCGGAAGAGCCCCUAGACUAGAAAAACUAGAUUUCUAGGCUUCUGGGCCAAAAAUAGGCCUAAUACAAAAUUUUGUAGUUCGGAGAAGCCUCCGGGCCAAAAAUAGGACCCAAAACUCGUUUUUGAUGUCCGGAAGCCUAUAGAUCAAGAAAACUAGAUUUUCAGGCUUCUAGGUCAAAAAUAGGCCUGAAAACAAGUUUUUCGGACGCAGAUUAAUUUCUAGAAAAAAAACGUUUGUCAAUAGGGCGCAUUUUUGCUAUUUUCAUUGAAAAAACUAAGUUUUUUAGCUCUCAAACCUCAAAUUUUUUCAAAAGCCCAAAAAACCCACUGUUCCUCCAGUUUUCCUCGAAAUGCAUAAUCAUUCGACCAAUUUCUCUGACGAUUUUCCUGUAAUAAAGUACAUUUUUUCAUAAAAUAGCAUUUUUAGCAGCAGUUUUCGUGGAAAACUAUCAAAAAUCAACUGAAAAAAUGAAAAAUUUUCGAAAAAAAACAAAAAAAUAAAAGUAGAAAUGGAAGUGCGCCCCAUUGAUAAAAAGCAUGUCUCGCACUCUCUCAAAAACGUGUUGUGUUUCGUCGCAACUGUUUUAUUUUUUUCAAACUUUUUUUUUUUCACAAAAAACCUCCAUUUUCCAGCCUGCUUCGAUCCAUCGCAAAAAUGCGCAAUCAACGAAGAUCAAGUGUUCGGAAAAUGCACUCGAUCUCCCGAUUCUCAAACAAUCGAAUCAUAUCCCGAAUUACUUCGCCAGCAAUACUCACAAAUCCACUUUUCCAAAUAUUCCGCUUUCACCGGAACACAAUUAUUCAGUUUGACAACUGAUAUGGAUACACCUUCUGGUUUAGGCAGCACUUUUAUAUAUUUGGUGAUUCUGGGAAUCGGAUUUAUAAUUGGAUACAAGAAGAUAUCAAAAAUAUCAGCACUUUUGAUAAUUUUACCAAUUAUUGGAGUUUUGCCAGUCACUUAUCAUGUUAUGAAAAAUGGUGAUUUUGAGAUAUUCGAAUUGAUGGAAACGCAUAAUCAGUUUGGAAAGCUUUUCAAUUGGGAAACGUGGUUUUUGGGAUUUGUUGAGGCUUUUGCUACUGCUCAAGUUGGAAAAGGAACACUUUUGACGUUUGGAAGCAAGGUUAAAUUUCGGCAUAAUUUUUUGAAGUAAGUUUGGAAUCCUGGGGAGGGGCUGAUCCUUGAAAAUCGAAUUUUCUAGGGGUGGCUGCUUGAGAACUAGGGUAUCUAGGAUCGCUAACUGAGUAUUCAAGCUUUCAAGGCGUGAGCCCUUGGCAGAGUGAGCCUCUAGGAGCAAAACCUAAAAAUACAGGUUCUCAAGGCGUGGCUGCUUGAAAACUAGGGUUUCUAGGAUUGACUGCUUGCCAUAGUGGAUGUCUAGAAGCCGCCUCUUUACGGUUUUGGUUUCAAGGGUUGGCUACUUGACAACCCGGUUUUCUAGGGUCGGCCACUUGGCAAUACGGUUCUCAAGCCUUGACAGAGUGAAUACUUGACAGAGUGAAUAUCUAUGAGCGGGUCCUAGGAAAUUAGGUUCUCAAGGCACGGCUACUUGCCAAUCAGGUUCUCAAGGCGCGACUCCUUGUCAGAGUGAAUCUCUAGGAGCGGGUCCUAGAAAAUUAAGUUCUCAAGGCGCGGCUGCUUGACAACCUGGUUUUCUAGGGUCGACUGCUCGAAAACUAGGAUCUCUAGGCGCGGCUGCUUGAGAUUCAGGUUAUCUAGACGCGUCCACUUGUCAUAUAGGCUAUCAAGGCUAGACUUCUUGCAACAGUGGACCUCGCAAGUCCUAGAAAAUUAGGUUCUCAAGGCUCGACUGCUUAACCUGGUUUUCUAGGGUCGGCCACUUGUCAUAUAGGCUUUCAAGGGGCGAAUGCUUGAGAGCUAGACUUUCUAGGAUCAGCUACUUGACAUAGAAGUUCUCAAGGCGUGACUACUUGUUGAAUAGGCUCUCAAGACACGGCUUCUUGAUAACUAGAAUUUCUAGCAUCGACUCCUUGUCAUAUAGACUGUCAAGGCGCAACUACUUGCCAAAAACAAUAUAUUUUUGCAGAGAUAUGAUAAGUGCCACCCUAUUCGGAGUUGCUUAUCGCCUAUAUUAUCUCAUGACCCUUCUACCACUCUACUAUUCGUGCCAAAAUCUGAUUUAUCCCCACAAAACCGAUCCAUUCGACGAAAAUGCGGAGCGAAAUGAGUUGGUCGAACUGUUGUAUUAUGGAUUACCGAUUUUGGAUAGCCAAUAUGAGAGACAAUAUUUUGUUUUGGUUGCUCUUUUUUUUGCAACAAUUCAUUUAGCGAUCAUCGCGGAGACUGUAAGUUUUAGGGGAUUUUUUAAAAAAAUUUCCAAUUUUUUCUUUCCUUCAGAUGAUAACCUUCGAGAUUUUCAAAUCUUGCAUUUAUUGGAUCUUUCCCCGAUUAUCUUUUAUGAAUAAUAAAAUAUCAGUGACCAUAAUCUCGAUAUUUUUUGCAUCCCUGGCUAUGAUUAACGAAUUAUUUUCGCUCGAAGUUUCAAAAACACCAAGUGGAGAUUAUGAUACGUUAAGAAAUCAAUAUAAUUGGUCGAGAAUUUCGUGUGCUUAUAUAUCGUGUAUUUUGACGAUUUAUGGAGUUCGAUUCAUUUAUGGAGAUCAGAGAUUGUAUGUGAAUUGUUUGGUGAGUUUUUUUCGGAAGUUUCAAAAGCUGAAAAUCAUGAAGAUCCUGAUUUUCAGCACAAGAUUCUAGCCAGAAACAUUUUUUUUCAAUUUUUUGCUAGAAAUUUUUUUUAAUUUCAAAAAUUUUUAUCCAAUUUUUUUUCUGAAUUUUUUUGAAAGAUUCAGAAAUUUUCUGAUUUUUCGAUUUAUUUUUGAUAAAAUUCGAAAAGAGAUACUGUAUUCAAAAAUACAGUACUCUUUGCAGUUUGAGAACCUUCUGGAGAUCUUUAAUUAUAAAGAACUGCAAGGUAUACUGUACCUCAAACUGCAAGGAUUACUGUAGCCAAAGACCAAGCAGCCAGGAUUAGUGCAAGGAUUACUGUAGCCUAGGUGUAUUGCGGACUGCAUGGAUUACUGUAGUAGAAUAACUCAGACGACUGCAAGGAUUACUGUAGGCAAAGAAUCUAAGCUGUCAGGAUUACUAAUGUGCAAGGAUUACUGUAGCUCAUACUUCAAACAUUACUGUAGCCUGGGGUUAUUGCAAUUUGCAAAGAUUGCUGUAACUCUCGGACUGCGAGGAUUACUGUAGGCAAGGAAUCUAAAUUUCCAGGAUCACAAAAGUGCAAGGAUUACUGUAGCUUCAAACUGUGAGGACUACUGUAGCCUAGGUUUGUUGCAGACUGAAAGGAUUACGGUAGCUUUUGGGUUACUGUACUUGAAAAAUGUUAUAGGAUAGGGCAUAGUUCAACCCGGACUGCAAAGACUACGGUAUCUUAGGUUUAUUGCGAACCGAAAGGAUUACUGUACCUCAAACUGCAAGAAUUACGGUAGCCUAGGGAUUUUCCAGAUUGCAAGGAUUACUGUAACUGGACAUCUCAAACUAUAAGAACUACUGUAGCCAAAGAUUCCAAACUGCAAGAAUUACUGUAACUGAAAAGCUCAAACUGCAAGGAUUACUGUAGUCUAGGAUUAUUCCGUGACUUCAAUGAUUACUGUAGCCGGUGGGUUACUGUACCCAAAGCAUAUUGUAGUCUGGGGCCAAUUUUAACCCGAACUGGAAGAAUUACUGUACCCCCAAACUGCAAAGAGUACGGUAUUUUGAAAUAUUUAAAUUUUUAUCAAAAAUAUACCAAAAAAUCAGAAAUUUUCUGAUUUUUUUCAAAAAUUUGAAAUUGCCCGAAAAAUUCCUCUAAAACCUACAUUUUUUUUGCAGACAAUGCUUCACAAACACGAAAAAAAGUUACAAAAUGUUUGAAUAUUUGCGGAGAUAUUUUAUAUAUUCCUGGCGAAUCACAUCAUUCAUCCUCAUUUUUCCAUUCGUUAUUCUCACCUGUAAAUGUCUAAUUAUCUAUGAUUCGUUCAUUUUCGUUUAUAGUUUGAUCGGAGUUCCGAUAAUUUAUGGAGCAAUUGCGAUUUGGUUGAAUUAUUUGGAGAAACGUGGAAAUUUUGGAUUGUUGACUAGUUUUCAUCGAUGGAAACCUGUGAAUUUGGUGAAUGAAAAUGAAGCGAGUGCUGCUGAAAGAAUGUUUGGAAUUAAUAUUUGA